CAUGCACAAUCUAACCUUUCUUGUUCAUGCUGAACGCAAAAUAUUUAUAAGGAAGUCCUGAACGACUUCACAAGACUUUUCUGAUGUUCCCCUCACAGCGGAUGCUUUUCCCCCUUUUGCUCUGACCUGGAGCAGGGAAACAGUGAGAGCUUCUCUGUUUUGGAGAGCUUUUGUCGCUGUAGCUCACAUCAAGUGAUGGACUAAGUUAUUUCCUUUUAUUAUUUUAAAGGAUUGUCACUGGAAUAUGCGAUUUUCGCUUUAUAACAAGCGCUUGGUGUAGAUUGUGACCUGUAGCACCACCUGUGACACCGAAACAGGAAACAGCACCUGCGCUCAUUCCAGUCAGGAUCUUGCACUGUAAAAGCAGGACAUUUUCCAGAACAGCUGGACUUAUUUUUGCAUAUUUUUUCCUGCUUUGUUCUAUUUUUACUGUCUUUGAGACCCGCCGUUGACACAGUUUGCUGACAGCGCAGCAAUAAUCAAGCAGAUAAGUGCAGCACGUCUUACUGAACGUGAACAAAGGUGAGGCGUGCUUUGAGGUGGACAAGAAAGGCAGAACUAGAAAGAAGCGGGCUAAGACAGAUCCAGAUAUUAAAAUGACGGACGGUCCAAGACAACGGAGCAGCGCGUCGGGCUCUGCCAAGGAUGCUGCCGGAGAAGAGGGGUCAGGAGGUGGAGUUGCGCUGAAAAAAGAAAUCGGGCUUGUGAGCGCCUGCGGCAUUAUUGUUGGUAACAUUAUAGGGUCAGGUAUCUUCGUCAGUCCGAAAGGGGUGCUGGAGAAUGCCAGCUCCGUGGGCGUGGCCCUGAUUGUCUGGAUCAUUACGGGCAUUAUCACCGCUAUCGGGGCGCUGUGCUACGCUGAGCUAGGUGUCACCAUCCCUAAAUCAGGAGGAGACUACUCCUAUGUCAAGGACAUCUUUGGAGGACUGGCUGGGUUCCUGCGUCUGUGGAUCGCCGUGCUGGUCAUCUACCCGACCAACCAGGCUGUGAUCGCGCUGACCUUCUCCAACUACGUCCUGCAGCCUUUAUUUCCCACCUGCUUCCCGCCAGAGACCGGCCUGCGUCUGCUGGCUGCCGUCUGCCUCUUGCUGCUGACAUGGGUGAACUGCUCCAGUGUGAGGUGGGCUACCAGAGUGCAGGAUAUGUUCACUGCUGGCAAACUGCUGGCCCUCGGCCUCAUCAUCAUCAUGGGCAUCGUGCAGAUCUGCAAGGGCGAGUACUACUGGUUGGAGCCAGUCAAUGCCUUUGAGCCGUUCCAGGACUAUGACGUGGGUUUGAUAGCCUUAGCCUUCCUACAAGGCUCCUUUGCCUAUGGAGGGUGGAAUUUCCUCAACUACGUCACAGAAGAGCUAGUGGACCCCUACGUGAACCUCCCUCGUGCCAUUUUUAUCUCCAUCCCCCUUGUCACCUUUGUUUAUGUCUUUGCCAACAUCGCUUACGUCACCGCUAUGAGUCCCCAGGAGCUGCUUGCAUCAAACGCUGUUGCCGUGACAUUUGGUGAGAAGCUGCUGGGAGUCAUGGCAUGGAUCAUGCCCAUCUCGGUGGCUCUAUCCACCUUCGGGGGAGUCAACGGUUCACUCUUCACCUCUUCACGACUGUUCUUUGCUGGAGCCAGGGAGGGCCACCUCCCCAGUCUGCUGGCCAUGAUUCACGUAACGCGCUGCACUCCCAUCCCCGCUCUUCUCUUUACUUGUCUGUCCACCCUGCUUAUGCUGUGUACCAGUGACAUGUACACCCUUAUCAACUACGUGGGCUUCAUCAACUACCUCUUCUAUGGAGUCACUGUUGCCGGGCAGAUUGUCCUGCGAAUUAAAAAGCCGGAGAUGCACCGGCCAAUCAAGGUCAGCCUGAUAUGGCCAGUGAUUUAUCUCAUUUUCUGGGCCUUCUUGCUCAUCUUCUCCCUUUACUCUGAGCCCGUGGUAUGUGGUAUUGGCCUGGCCAUCAUGCUGACAGGCGUCCCCGUCUAUUUCCUGGGAGUCUACUGGGACAAAAAGCCACAGUGUUUCAACAGCUUUGUUAACAAAAUGACAUACAUGGGCCAGAGGUUUUGUGUUGUUGUUUAUCCCGCUGAAAGUGGCAGCAGCAAGAAUGGAGAUGGAGAGGAAGGAGAAGAAAUGAAGGCAGUCAGGUCCCCUUUGUCCACGGAGGACGGAGACAACCACAAGUCAGUGGACUGCUAAAGUGCAUAUCUCUAUCUCCCACCUUCCCCUAAAUAAACAGACAUAUGCAGACAUAUGUGGGUGUGCAACCAUACUGAACAACAUUAUUGCCUCCACACUUUGUUUUUAAUAUCUUUAUUUUAAUAUUUGUUUGUCAGACUUUUCUGUCUGGGGUCCUUCAAUAAUGCAAUAAAGAAGGAUUAGCAACUUCCAACUCUUUCACACAAUUAACCUUUUACUACUCUUUAUCAUCAUCAUCACCACCCUGCUUCUGAUCCUCCCCACCUUCCUGGACACAUGCCAUAUACACUCUCACUGUAAGAGCAUCAUUCUUUAGUAUUUUUAAUUAUCAGAAGACUCGUACUGUGCUGCACUGGCUGCACAUACUCAUUUUUGCCACAUUGUAAAUUGUGCUCUGUCAUGCAUUCAACACACCAAAGGUGUAUUUUGAUUGUCAAAGCAGGAAAUCACGUUCAGAUCAAGUCAUGUAUAAAGUACACUAAACAGUGUGUGGCUGUGAUUCUAAAAUGUUUCUUAUUUUUGUAAUUGUGAUUGUUUAUUUGCCUUUGUUAUUAUCUCGGUUUUAAUAUGAUUUUAGUUUUGUUCAUAUUCCUUUUUUUUAAAAACUCAAUAUCACAUUAGUCCGGGCCUUUUUUUUACUCUUGAAACUGCAGAUAUUCUCAAAACCUGCAUGUGAGGUAUACUUUGUAUUGGUAAAGCUGCUGUGCAGUUCUCGUUAACUGGCUGAAUUGCAAAAUAUUCUAUACUUUACAGCUGUUUUUUUUACUGAUGCAAAGUGGUGGUUAAUCCUCAAACUUUUGGAUAGCUUUCAAUUUUUAUGAAAGCAACAGCAGAAAAGUACUUUUUAAUAUCUGAGGGUUUUGAGGUCUCGACUGACACUAAACAAAUAGUUAACUCGUUAAACUGCAAGUCCAGCAAGGACACGGAUGACUAGAAAGACGAAAUAGACACGUGAUGUUUCCCAGCAUCUCGAAACUGACACGUGAAUGAAUGCCUACUGAAUGUGGAAAACAGUCUCAAAAAGGCAUUGAUUGUCUUUCAUGUUUUACAGUGCAGUAUUUUUGUACCUUACCAUCUAGCUGUGUUUAAAUAUUUUGUGUGCUAUAGUUAGGGCAUAGAAGUGAGAGCUUUACAUAAAACAUAUUUUUGAUUUAUACAAUUCAGUAGAAGAUAUUAGUGGAAUAUUAGUCAGGCACCAGCAAAAACUGAAUCUCCACCCCUGAAUGAAUCUGUUCUUUGUUGUCAGCUAAUAGUUAUGUCUAUUAUAAUGCUGUAUGUAAUAGUAACAACACUUUUGCACAUGUAAGCACACAAUAUGUACUUAAAUGUCUUCAGUCUUUCUGUAAUGUAGUGUCUCAGGGCAUCCCUACUGCCUUCUCCUUACAUACACUGCCAUGAAAAUACAACAGAUCUGACUGGUUGCCUUUGAAAUCCACUUAGUUAGUGCUUAAUGUCUGUACUGUGCUUUUAGGUAUUUAUUUCCUCAGGAGCCUUAAUCUUACAAGCAACCCCACGAAGCUCAUAGUGGACAAAAAGUGCAGAAUAAUUAUAUCAUUAAAAUUGGGCCAGUAUUGUAAAUGUUGCUCUUGUUAUAGUGUAAGGAGGAACAGGGUGUAGUGGAUGGCUUAACAAAUACUAUGAUGUGUGUUGUGCAGGUAUGAUUAUUGUAUAUUUGCAGUAUACACAGAUGUCAAUACAGUCUGUAUGUUGUCUCUAAGUUAAUAAAAACCACUGAUUAAUGUUUGAAUUUGUAAUAUAGGGCAUUUAUACAAGAAGUACCCCCUGGCUUUAUCUUUAUUCCACUGUAUGACCAUUUCAGAGAAAUUGAUUGCAUAAAAUACUUUCAAGACAUUUUCCUCCAUUUUUACCAGACAGCAAUCACUAUGUGGUCUUUCUCAGCAGCACCCUUACUGUACAUAACUGAGGCCUGAAUGCUGCAGCUUUGUAUUAUAUGGUAUUGCAACAUGUGCAGACAUCUUCAUCACAAUUUCAAGUCUAAUUCUGCAUGACCUACUGCUUUAAAUAUAAAAAGCGCUUAACAGUGCUGAUAUCUGACUUCGGUCUUACUUUAUUGUUGCCCAUUUUCCCUGAGAAGCUGCACUUUCAGCAUUAAUUCAGACCAUAACAGGCCUUCACUGUGGUGGAAAUAUGAAGUUUUCUACACUGUUGAUGAAUGCUGGUAAUCUAAGCAAUUCUCUUAGCAAUACAUUAGAACAUUACUUGAUUAGAAUGUUAAUUCUAAACAAUUCUGUGUACACACUAGUCUCCAAUAUGAGUCGACCCUAUUUGUGUACCUAUCAUGUUGAAAGCCAUUUGACUGACAUAACUUAAAUCUCUUUGUGUUGAAAAUGUAGCUGUAUACUGUAUCUUGGUGGUGAGUGUGUGGCAAGAAUAAAACAAUAAAUGUACAUGAA